AUGGUAGAAGUCGAUGUGGAUGAAGCAGAUGUGCUGGUUCUGCGCCAAAAACUCAAAAAUUUCUCUGAAUUGUCUAACCAAAUCGAAGUUUCUCUCACCAGUAUAGGUCGCACCACAGCGCAAUGCAGCGCAUUAUUUACUCCUAUUAUCAAUUCGAGUGCUUUGCUUGCUACGUUGCAAAGAAACAUCGAGAGCAGCAUCGAAUCGGUAUCUUCAAUCAAAGAUGUGGCCAACGAGGCAUCGAAGCACGAAAUCGUGCUUUCGCAGGGUUUGGAACAAGUUGGCCUGAAAGCCUACAUCAAGGCCAUCUACAAACUAGAAGACAUAACGGAAGAUAUGGAAUCACAGCAAAAAGGACACGCGGAAUCUGUUGAUUUCGAAGGCGUGAAGAACCAUCUCCGUGAACUCAUUAGAGACAGUGAAAAUUCUCUUCACAGCUAUUUUACAGGUAUUCUCAAUAAAAUUGAGCCAUUCGACCCACAGAUAUGCAUGAACAAAAAACAGGCUUUUCCAUAUUAUGAAGAUGACGAUAUCUUGAAGUUAGCAGCCUUGGUCGAUUAUUUUGAAGCAAGUGGCCGAGGUUCAAUCUCAGACGUUGUUAUUGGCGGACGAAACCAAUUGAUUGUCAAGAGUUUAGCAUUUCUGGAACCUUUCGCAAAGCAAAUUACGACCAAAGAGAACAUUCCCUACACGAAGGGCAGUAGCGGGCUAAUAGGCUACUCAGAUGCUUUAGUGGGGUUCAUCGCCAACGAAUACGCAUUCACCGAAGAAAUUUAUGCCAAGCAGCCCAAAAGUCAACCGAUCGUUUUCUCGAAAAUCAUUCAACCCGUUUUAAUGAAUUUUAUUAAGAUUGUAAACAUCAAUCUCUCACUUGUCAAAAAAAGCCUCUCUCACGUUGGCCUUUUUUGUUUCGAGUUGAAAGAUUGUGUCGAUAACGUUUUGAGAAUUCUGAGAGGUAAGCCUCUAAAUGGAUUCGAGCCUUUGGUCUCUGCAGGUCAGGAAAUCAAAUUGGUUUUGCAGUCUCUAUUCAAAGAACUCGUUCAGUACAUCGACGGAAAGGCGGAAUCUCUCUCACAACUCCCGUCUGACAACGGUGUAACAGAAUCGACGGUAGACGCGAUGUCAAGGUUGCGUAAAUUCAGCGAAUACAAAACGGGCUGUCUGAGCGCAAUUGAAGGGAUGCCAAGGGCUUCGUGGCUACCGUCCGAUUUUCAAGAAAAGGCAUAUACUUUCCAGGGCUUGGUAACCGAUGAUCCGCGUGCUCUCAUUUCCUGCUUUUUCAGUGAUUGCAUUGAUUGUUUGAUUAUCUCGUUGGAGCGACGCGCACAAAGAAUCCUGAUGCCUCAUCAAGAACCAGAGAUUGGAAAUCCUCAAAGCUCUCGGAAUACGCAUAAGCAAAGGAUCGGAUUUUUUCUCAUCACUAACAUAACUCUUGUUGAACAGAUUGUCUCUCGUUCUGAGCUAAGUUCAGUCUUAAGUGAACAAGGAAAAGCUAGGCUUGAGAAAUUGAAAGAUAGAUAUGUGGCCUACUUCAUUUCGGAUUGGAGAAGCCUGACAGCAAAUUUACUGGACGCGGUUUUCGUUGACAGUACUGGUAAGGUUUCAUCGAAAGAUAAAGAUCAAAUAAAAGAGAAGUUCAAAAAAUUCAACGACGGCUUCGAAGAACUUGCAUCCAAUUUCAAGCAUUUCAGGAUAACAGAUCCUGCGAUGAAAAAAUUACUCCAAAAGGAGAUCACGUCCCUUGUAAUGCCUCUCUAUGAGAGAUUUUAUGGCAGAUACAAAGAUACCUUCAAAAAUCCUCGAAAGCACAUCAAAUAUACACCAAACGAAUUGAUGUCUGUGAUUAAUUCUCUUGGAAGAUGA